GCCCCUCAGCUCACGGUCCGGGGUGUGGGGAGGGGCUCUCUGCUCAUCACCCCCGUCCUCCCCCAGGAAUGCACAGGAAACCCUCCCUCUCCGCCCGCCCGGGGGCCUCAGUGCCCCAGGGAGAGAACGUGACCCUGCAGUGUCGCUCUGAGGUCCGCUCAGACACCUUCUAUCUGUCCAAGGAGGGGUCGCCCGCUCCUCCCCAGCACCUGCGUCUGCAGGACACGGCUCCGCCCGUCCAGGCCAACUUCACCCUGAGAGCUGUGACCUCGGCCCACGGUGGGACCUACAGGUGCUACGGCUCACAUAGCACCGCCCCCCACCUGCUGUCGCUGCCCAGUGACCCCCUGGAGCUCCUGGUCUCAGGAGGCUCCGGGAAUCAGCUCCUCCCUGCCUUGGAAUCAGGCCCGGGCCUCACCUGGUACCUGAGUGUCCUCAUCGGGGUCUCGGUGACCUUCGUUCUGCUGCUCCUGGUCCUCCUCUUCCUCUUCCUCCGACACCGGGGUCAGGACAGACGCAGGACGUCAGCAGCCGCAGCAUCAGUGCUUGAGGACAGAGGCCGGCAGAAGAGCUCCAGCCCCGCUGCUGACGCCCCGGAGGAGAGCUUGUACUGUGCCGUCACGGAAGACGCGUGGCCGGAGCACAGCAGAGCGCGGGCCAGCCAGGCUGCCACACUUGAAGCCCCCCAGGAUGUGACCUAUGCCCAACUGGACCACUCAAUCAGACAGGGGGAAACCGCGCCCUCCAACCAGCAGCCAGGGGAGUGCCCAGCAGAGCCCAGUGUGUACGCCACUCUCGCCUUGCACUAG